AUGUCGGGCAUCACCGACUCCACCUCCAAAAUGCAAGUCGAUGCACCCGCUGCCGAAAUCGACGAGUCUCUAUACAGUCGUCAACUCUAUGUGCUCGGCCAUGAGGCCAUGAAGCGCAUGGGUGCUUCCAACAUCCUCGUCGUUGGACUCAGAGGCCUGGGUGUCGAGAUCGCCAAGAAUGUUGCUCUUGCUGGCGUCAAGAGCCUGACCGUCUACGAUCCUGCCCCCGUUGCCAUGCCCGAUCUCUCCUCUCAGUUCUUUCUCACCCCCGCCGAUGUUGGCAAGCCCAGAGACCAAGUCACAGCCCCUAGAGUAGCUGAGCUGAACGCCUACACUCCAGUCAGCAUUCACGAGUCGCCCAGCCUCGACGACAACCUGUCCCAGUUCGACAAAUACCAAGUCGUUGUCCUCACCGGCGUUCCGAUCCAGUCACAAAAGCUCAUUGCCGACUACUGUCACUCCAAGGGCAUCUAUAUCGUCGUCGCUGAUACUUUUGGUCUGUUUGGAUCGCUCUUCUGUGAUUUCGGAAAGAAAUUCACCGUCGUCGACCCGACCGGCGAGACUCCAACUCACGGUAUCAUCGAAGGCAUCGAUGAGGAGGGCCUCGUAUCCGCUCUGGACGAGACCCGGCACGGCCUUGAGGACGGUGACUAUGUUACCUUCUCCGAGGUUGAGGGAAUGGAAGGUCUUAACGGCUGCGACCCCAAAAAGGUGACUGUCACUGGGCCAUAUACCUUCUCCAUUGGUGACGUCUCUGGCCUGGGCCAAUACAAGCGUGGUGGUAUCUACCAGCAGGUCAAGAUGCCCAAGAUCCUUGACUUCAAGAGCUACACCGAAUCCGUCAGGGAACCCGAAUUUCUCAUCUCCGACUAUGCCAAGUUUGACCGCCCCCAGCAGCUGCAUCUUGGAUUCCAGGCCCUGCAUGCCUUCCAGGUCGCCAGGGGCCGACUUCCCAACCCCAUGGACGAUGGCGAUGCUGCUGUUGUUAUUGGCGCCGCCAAGCAGUUUGCCGAAGAAGAAAAGCUAGAGAUUGAAGUCGAUGAGAAGCUCCUCAAAGAACUAAGUUACCAGGCCCUCGGAGAUCUCUGCCCCAUGGCUGCCUUCUUUGGCGGUGUUGCCGCCCAGGAAAUUCUCAAGGCCGUAUCUGGCAAGUUCCAUCCCAUCCAACAGUGGAUGUACUUUGACUCUUUAGAGUCUCUCCCCACAUCUACCAAGCGUACUGUCGAAACUUGCAAGCCUAUUGGCAGCCGGUAUGAUGGCCAAAUCGCCGUCUUUGGCAAGGAGUACCAGGAUAAGAUUGCGAACUUGAGGCAGUUCCUUGUUGGCGCUGGCGCCAUUGGCUGUGAAAUGCUCAAGAACUGGGCCAUGAUGGGACUGGGGUCGGGCCCCAACGGCAAGAUCUUUGUCACUGACAAUGACUCGAUUGAAAAGAGCAAUCUGAACCGUCAGUUCCUCUUCAGAGCUGCCGAUGUUGGUCACAUGAAGAGUGACUGCGCGGCUAGGGCAGUCCAGCGCAUGAACCCGGAUCUCGAGGGCCACAUCACGACCUUCCGUGACCGUGUCGGUGCCGAGACCGAAGAUGUCUUCAACGCCGAAUUCUGGAACGGCCUUGAUGGCGUCACCAAUGCCCUCGACAAUGUUGAAGCCAGAACCUACGUUGACAGACGCUGCAUCUUCUACCGCAAACCGCUGCUCGAGAGUGGUACUCUGGGCACCAAGGGUAACACUCAAGUUAUCUUGCCCAACAUGACUGAGUCAUACUCUUCUUCGCAGGAUCCUCCUGAGAAGGAAUUUCCUAUGUGCACAAUUCGCAGCUUCCCUAACCGUAUUGAGCACACAAUUGCCUGGGCCAAGGAACACAUGUUUGAGCGCUGCUUCGUGAACGCCCCUCAAACUGUCAACCUGUACUUGACUCAGCCAGACUUUUUGACCACCACACUCCAGCAGGGCGGCAACCAGAAGGAGGUCCUCGAGACUAUCCGCGACUACCUGACGGCAGAUCGCCCCAGAACCUUUGAGGACUGCAUUGCGUGGGCCAGAAAUCUGUUUGAGGUCGAGUUCGCCAACAAGAUCCAGCAGCUCCUCUAUAACUUCCCCAAGGAUUCCACCACAUCUUCCGGCAUGCCUUUCUGGUCUGGUGCCAAGCGCGCCCCUGACGCCCUCAAGUUUGACCCCAACAACCCCACACACUUUGGCUUCAUUGUUUCCGCCGCCAACCUCCACGCCUUCAACUACAACAUCAACUCCCCUGGCAAUGACAAGUCCAUCUACCUGCGCGAGCUCGAUAAUGUCAUUGUACCUGAUUUUAGCCCUGAUUCCAGUGUUAAGAUCCAGGCCGACGACAAGGAGCCUGACCCGAACAAGGACGUUCCCACGGACGAGGAUGAGCUCCAGAGUCUGACGGCGUCACUGCCAUCUCCAAGUAGCCUGGCAGGCUUCAAGCUGCAGCCUGUUGACUUUGAGAAGGAUGAUGACUCAAAUCACCACAUUGACUUCAUCACUGCAUGCAGCAAUUUGCGUGCUGAAAAUUACAAGAUCGAUGCUGCCGACCGACACAAGACCAAGUUCAUUGCCGGCAAGAUUAUCCCUGCCAUUGCCACCACCACCGCUCUUGUUACCGGUCUUGUUGUUCUUGAGCUGUACAAGGUCAUUGACGGCAAGGACGACAUUGAGCAGUUCAAGAAUGGAUUCAUCAACCUGGCGCUGCCCUUCUUCGGCUUCUCCGAGCCCAUCGCCAGCCCCAAGCUCGAGUACACUGGACCUGACGGCAAGGUCGUGCUGGACAAGAUUUGGGACCGUUACGAAGUUGGUGACAUUACGAUCCAGGAGCUAGUGGACUUUUUCAAGGCAAAGGGCUUGACGGUCCUUUCGCUCAGCCACAGCGUCAGCUUCUUGUUUGGAGCCUGGAUGCCGACUGCCAAGGCGCGUCUUCCGCUCAAGAUUAGCGAGGCGAUUCAGCAGGUGACCAAGAAGCCUGUGCCCGCGCACAUGAAGGAGCUGAUUGUAGAGGCCUUAGUGGAGGACGAGAAUGAGGAGGAUGUCGAUGUUCCUUAUGUCAAGGUGACCUUGGACUAA